AUGAUUUUUGUUCAUCAAUCAAAUGACAUGAUUUUUGUUCAUGAAUCAAAUGACAUGAUUUUUGUUCAUCAAUCAAAUGACAUGAUUUUUGUUCAUCAAUCAAAUGACAUGAUUUUUGUUCAUCAAUCAAAUGACAUGAUUUUUGUUCAUCAAUCAAAUGACAUGAUUUUUGUUCAUCAAUCAAAUGACAUGAUUUUUGUUCAUCAAUCAAAUGACAUGAUUUUUGUUCAUCAAUCAAAUGACAUGAUUUUUGUUCAUCAAUCAAAUGACAUGAUUUUUGUUCAUCAAUCAAAUGACAUGAUUUUUGUUCAUCAAUCAAAUGACAUGAUUUUUGUUCAUCAAUCAAAUGACAUGAUUUUUGUUCAUCAAUCAAAUGACAUGAUUUUUGUUCAUCAAUCAAAUGACAUGAUUUUUGUUCAUGAACCAAACGAUAUGAUUUUGUUCAUCAACCAAAUAACAUGA